UGCGAGACCCGGGGCGUGAAGACUCUGUGCAACCUACGGAAGCUGCUGAACAGACUCCAGCAAGACCACAAGGACGAUGUCUACCUUUACGCCUCCGGACACCUGAAUCCCAACAAGCUGUACAGGCCUCCCGAGACGAUCUCGCAGCGCUGGCCCAAUGCCAACAGGCCGAAGGGGGACACCGUCUCUGGGGCGAGAAGGCCCCCCGCGAGCCAGGUUGCAAAGAUGAAAGAGGCCUUGGUUCAUUUCACCAUCAACACGGCUCUGGUUCCGAACGACGCCCGGAACACGCGGCUCUUCGGGUACUUGCACCCCCAGGCGGCGAUUUCCUGCGCUUUUGAAGAGGAUUUCACUCCAAGGAAGGUUCCAAAGGCAGAGAAAGAGGGAAUGAGGGAGGGCUCCGCUGGCCAGCGGAAGAGGGAGGAGCUCAGAGUGCCGGACCUGAGGGUGCUGAGGUACAAGGAGGUGGGCUCCAGCCGCCAGUGUGCCCUGUCGCCCCCGGGCAGGGACGAGUACCGCUGCGUCAGCUCCUACUUAGCCGGGGUAACGAAAGCGGACAGGUAUAAGAAGUUCUUGAAUUUCCAAAAAGAAGUUCUUGCAAAGCAAGACCUCCUGAAGAACGAUGUCACCGGGAGCUCGGCAGCCGUGUGCCAUGAGAAGAAGCUGCGGCAGGAACUCCAGAAAAUAUGCACGUGUGACCCUCAAGGGUUCAACAGACUGCAGAUCUUUGGCGACGUCUUUGAAGAUAUUUGCAACAGUUCUUUGAUAUUUGGUGAAAUCUUGAAAGAAAUUAAGGAUGAAUAUGAACUCUACAUGGCAAUCCUGCUGGACUCCCGUCCCACGGCACAGUAUAAGACUCUUCUGGCUCAAGCCAAGGGGCUGGAGAAGCGGCCCGUGAAGACGGCUGAUGUGGAACGAGCCGGGGAGGAGCUGAGGGUGCUCACGACAGCCAUCAAAGCUGCCCUGGAGCGGAAUGACAAACUCAGAGAGGAGCUGGAGGCGGAGCGCGCGCUGCUGCAGGCUGCUAAGGAAAAAUCAGAAUCAUCUAAGAAAAAUAUAACUGACGAGGUGCACCUUCCUCUUAUUGAGAAGGUUGAAAGGAAGAGGUGUGAAAUACUCAGUAAGUGGGAUGAAAUGCAAGCUCUUGAAAAAGAAAUUAAAACAACGUUGGUUCAUACGGGAAUUUCACGUAUCACUGAGGAUAUGAUUAAAAGCAUAGAG